CUCUCUCUCUCUAUGGAUGCUAAUGAUUCCGCUUCCAAGAAGCGACUCAGGGAUGACUCGGACGAGUCAGUUCUGGAAUCGUCCGAGGCGAAGCGACUCAGAGACGAUUUACUCGAGUUCCUGGACGACGCCGAUGACACACCUUCCACUCAGGACCUGGACUCCGUCAUGAAGAGCUUGCAGGAGGAGAUCUCCGCCGUGGCGUCAGAUUCCGGCGAGUCUCAGGCGCAGAUCGGGUACCUCUUGGAGGCCUCGGACGACGAGCUAGGGCUUCCUCCCGCCGGAAAGUCGUCGGCUGCGGAGGAGAAGAAGGAGGAAAGCGAGUUGGUCCGAGUGGCAUCUGACUCGUCUGGAAUCGGUGAAUUGUGGGAGUUUGAGGAUCAGAUUUCGAGAUACGAGUCGUUUGAUUUGGGAAGCGGGUUUGGGUAUGAGUGUGAUGAGUACGUUGCAUUCGAUGGACUUUUCGAUCAUUCGGAUGUGUACGGUUUUUCUGAUUCGUGGCGGCACGGAACCUUGCCCACACAAUAGAAAUAAAAAACUAAAAAAGAGGGGAAAAGAUUGUUAGAGAUGUAAAUAUUUUAUUUUCCCUAUUUGUUAUUUUUGUUCCCUUUUCUGGAUGAAGGGAAUUACAGAAGAUUAAAUGCAGGACUUAGGGUAAAAACAUGCAAAGGAAAUUGCUUCCUUAUAGUGUAUUUCAUUCUGCCUCUAAAACAUUUUCUUCCGGAGUCUGGGCAUAAUUUUUGUGCUACUCAACUCUAAUCUAACUGCAAAUGGGAUUUUUUUAAA